AGGAAAGAUCAUGGUCAUGAACGUGAUUGUCGUAAGUGCUUAGUGGAAAUCAUGAUGUACAGACUUUACAUCAUGGUGGAAAUCACCCAUAGAAGAUAUAAUCAAAUUUUCAGUUCCGUGGUGCAAAUUUUGAAGUAGAUGUAUAUCUUUUAUCUAUGGAUGAAAAGUGAGGUUAAUUAUAAUGAAUUUAAUCUAAAUCACAUGGAUCCACUUAUUAACCACUAUAGUCAUAUCUCUUAAUACGUGCACAAAUAUAUCCUUCUAGCCUGUCUCGGCUAAUUGAAAUAUUGCACCAAUUGUAGUAAAAACUAACAAUGGUUGAUGAUAAGCCUAAUGAAAAUGCUGCAAGUAAGGCAGCUUUGAAAAAAGAAGCGAAGAAAGCCGAAAAAGCAGCUAAAAAGGCUGAACAUAAACAAGCUGGUGGAGAGAAUUUACAAAACGUUAAAGAAGAAGUUGAUGUAUCGCUUGGAAAAUAUGGAAAACUUCCUCUCAUUCAGUCAAACGCCAAAAAUUCCGACAGAAAGUUUUUAAUAGUAAGUGAACUGAACAAAUCACUUUCUGGCCAAAAUGUUUGGGUAAGAGCGAGAUUACACACCUCAAGGGCUAGAGGAAAGCAAUGCUUCAUUGUUCUUAGACAAAAAGAGUUUACAGUACAAGCCAUUUUAAAUGUAUCUGAUGUUGUUUCUAAAUCUAUGGUGAAAUUUUCAAGUGGAAUUCCUAAGGAAAGUAUAUUAGAUAUUGAGGCAAAAGUAUCAGAAGUACCCAAUAAUAUUGCAAGUUGUACCCAACAAGAUGUGGAACUUGCUGUAACUCAGUUAUGGGUAGUAUCUAUGUCAGCUCCCCAACUUCCAUUGCAAAUAGACGAUGCAAGUAGACCUGAGAAAGCAGAAGAUGAAGAAGCUUUAAACAUACGUGUUAAUCAAGAUACGAGACUAGAUAACAGAAUUUUGGAUCUACGUACACCUGCCAAUCAGGCUAUUUUCAGAUUAGAGGCCGGAGUAUGUCGCCUUUUCCGUGAAUCACUCACAAAACGAGGAUUUGUAGAGAUACAUACCCCCAAAAUAAUAUCUGCAGCAUCCGAAGGUGGUGCUAAUGUAUUUACUGUGAGUUAUUUUAAAGGAAAUGCAUACCUUGCACAAAGUCCACAAUUAUACAAACAAAUGGCAAUUGCCUCUGAUUUUGAAAAAGUUUUUACAAUUGGCGCAGUAUUCAGAGCUGAAGAUUCCAAUACCCAUAGACAUUUGACUGAAUUCACAGGUUUGGAUUUGGAAAUGGCUUUCAAAUAUCAUUAUCACGAUGUAAUGUUAACUAUAGGAAACUUGUUUACUGAAAUUUUCAAAGGGUUACGCGAUAAUUUCCAACGUGAAAUCUCCAUAAUUAAUCAACAAUACCCAUCGGAACCUUUUGUUUUCUUGGACCCCCCUCUUGUAUUGGAAUAUAAUGAAGGAAGAAAAAUGCUUGCAGAAGUAGGUGUUGAAGUAGGUGAAGAGGAAGAUUUGAGUACUCCGACAGAAAAAUUACUUGGUAGAUUGGUUAAAGCCAAAUACGAUACUGAUUUUUACAUUUUGGAUAAAUAUCCGUUGGCUGUUAGACCAUUUUAUACCAUGCCCGAUCCAAAUAAUCCCAAAUCAUCGAAUUCCUAUGAUAUGUUUAUGAGAGGAGAGGAGAUUCUUAGUGGUGCUCAGAGGAUUCAUGAUCCGGAUUUCUUAACUGAGAGAGCAAAACAUCACGGAAUUGAUAUAUCUACAAUUGCAGCUUAUAUAGAUUCGUUCAAAUAUGGUUGUCCACCUCAUGCUGGUGGAGGAAUUGGAUUGGAAAGAGUUGUUAUGUUGUAUUUAGGCCUGGACAACAUUAGAAAGACAUCAAUGUUUCCACGUGACCCUAAAAGGGUGACCCCAUAAACUAUUAUGUAUUUUAUUAUUUUUUAAAUAAUAAACAUAUACAUGAUUUGUU